CGCCGCGCUCCACCGCCAUGACGCGCGAAAUUCUGGCGCAUGACGCACGCGGCGCCGCGGCCGGCUGUCGUCGGACCGGCGCGCCGGCCGUCAGAAGAUCUGCAGCGUGCUGCAUGCUGCCUCGGCAGAUUUUCUGAGGCUGCGCCGGAGAUAGCAGCCAGCAGCCAGCAGCCAGCACAGUACAGACAUCAGCAGCAGGCCACGGCGGCGGCUCGCGGGAGAAGAGCUCCCCUCGAGAGCAGCAGCGCUCGCAAGAGGGCUAGCAGCGUCAUCAUGAACGGCCCGCCGCGGCACGUGCACGGCAUGGCCCCCUGAGGCAGAGCUGAAGUGCGCCGCGAGACCGACGAGGCGCAAGAGGCC